UCCCUUCGCAGAGCCUCCUCUCUUGCUGCUGUCUCUGCUGCUGUCAUUUUCUGGAGGGCCUCUGGCCAUGGUUUGGCUCCUGCUUCUGCUGCUAUCAGCAUGUCUGCAAGCUGGAAACUCAGCAGGAUCCAACAGAGACAAUAUCUAUGGGGUGAACCAGCCAGCACGUCUCUCUGGUGUCCAGGGUGGCUCCAUUGAGAUCCCAUUCUCCUUCUACUUCCCCUGGAGGUUGGCAGAGGAUCCUCAGAUGAGCAUAACCUGGAGAUGGAAGCACUUCCAUGGGGACUUUAUCUACAACUCCUCCUCGGGUUUUAUACAUGAGCAUUUCAAGAACAGGCUCACCCUGAACUGGACACAGGGUCAGACAUCUGUGUUCCUCGGAAUCUUGAACCUGCAGGCAAACGAUCAGAUUAUGUGCAUCUGCCGAGUUCAUCUGAACAUGUGGGGAGGAAGCUUGAAGAAACAGCAUUCAUCUGAGGGGACAAAAUUCAUCAUCUACAGUGAUCCCGCUGAGCUCAGGCAUUGAUGCCCCAGCUUUCCUGCCCCCUUAGAGGCCACUUCCAGCUCCAUACUCUGACCCUUGUGUCAUGCUCCUGCCCCUGCCUCCGCCUUUCCCAGGCCUCUGACCUUAUCUUUUGUCUUCCCUAUAACCAUCCCAAGUCUCAGCUGCUUCCUCUUGCCCUGCCCCUCACUCUGCCCACAGAGCCACCUGUACUGCAUUUCCAGCUUCUCUCUCUUCUUGUUUCUAUUGUCCUGUACAUGGUAACGGCAUCACUCAGACCUUCUGGCUCUCCUCUAUAACUGGUCUUUUCACAGAGGUCAGGGCUAACCAUUCUUAUUGCUCCCAUGAACCAUCUAAUACAAGAAGCUUCCUAGGAACAACCCACACUGCAGACCCCAUGGACGCUUUAUCCAGCACAGAACGUCACCGACAAAUCCAUACAACAAGGACAUUUGCUCAACUGUGCUCUUAGCAGCUUUAUUCGUAAUAACCAGAAUCUGGAAACAACGUAGAUGUCCCUCAGCCAAAGAAUGGAUGUAGAAAUUGUGGUACAUCUACACAACGGAAUACUACUCAGCUAUUAAAAAUAGAGAAGUCAUGAAAUUUGCAGACAAAUGGAUGAAACUACAAAAGAUCAUCCUGAGUGAGACAGGAGCCUAACACGACUAUCAUCUUGGAGGCUCCAUCCAGCAGUGAAUUGAGACAGAUGCUGAGACUUGCAGCCAAGCAUGGGGCAGAACUCCGGGGGUCUGUGGAAGUGUUGUGGGAAGAUGAAUGGACCUGGAGGGACAGGAACCUCACAAGAAGACCAACAGAGACAACUACCCCAGUCCCAUGGGGGCUUACAGAGACUGAGACCUCAACUAAGGAGCAGGCAUGGUCUGGACCUAGGACUCCUGUAUAUAUGUGGUGGCUGGGUCUUCAUGUGUGCUGCCUGGUGUGUGUGGGGGGGUGCUGUUUCUAACAUGGACUCUGUUGCCUGCUUUUGGAUAACUUUCCCCUGGCAGUGCUGCCUUGCCUGGCCUCCGUGGAUGAGUAUAUGCUCAGUCUUGAUGUGACUUGAUGUGCUAGGGAGGGUUGACACAGUGGGAGGAGGGCUCCCCUCUUCUGGAGGGAAAGGGAAAGGGAAGAGGAGGCCUAGGAGGAGAGGAGGAAGGGGGCACCCUUGUGAUGUAAAGUAACAGGAUGUUGCAUCCUGUUAUUUGAGAUAAAUCUGCAGCCAUCUUUGUAUUCAGUUUCUGUUUCUAAGGUGAAAUUAAAGUCAAAAAUUUAAACUUUCCUGGAAGUGGUUGUUCGUAGCUGACACUAGCAGACCCUGCCAGAGGGUCGAGCUGACCUUUAAUUUGCUGUGAUUCAAUAGUGAUAUAACUCAUGCUGUAGUAUCUACUCAGCUGGCUACACUCCAGUUGCACCCUUCUUAUCCACUCGCCUGGCUACACUUUGGAUGUAUGGAAGACUCCAAGCCCUGCCUUCUUACCUCACUCACCAAUCAGCUUAAAGGUCAGCUGAUAACACUUUGUCUAGUUAGCCAAAAUGUGUUACUCCCCCCGCCGCCCCCGUGCAUGUCUUCUGUAUUUGGUUUUUUCUAUGAAAACUCAGCUGUGAGAACUUGUAGAGGUCACAGUUCUGUUCCUGAGUCCUUACUGUGGCCCUGAUCGAUCAGCUUGGAGAAGGUGUUCCAAUAAA